UCCCGAAAAGUGGCACACCCCCGUAAUUUACAUCUAUCCCUGGGUACGAAUUUGUAAAUACACAUCCACCAGGCUGACUAUAUAAUCGGGUCGGCCUGGUCAGACCAAAGCAUUCAAUUUCCCAGCGAUUUUGUGGAUCAUCAAUCAUCAUUGUUCGUAGAACAAACGCCAAAGGGAAUAUCUUUGCGCUCUCGAAUUAGAUUCCAAGGAAAUAAAGAAUGGCGGAAGAAGGACUGGUGACUGAAUGCCAAACCGUCGAGCUCUGGAGCGAUAUCUUCACCAAGGCUAGCGAGUCAAAGAAACUGACUGUGGUGGAUUUCACUGCUACCUGGUGCCCGCCAUGCCGUUUCAUUGCUCCAAUUCUGGCCGAUCUAGCCAAGAAGAUGACUCACGUCAUAUUCCUGAAGGUUGAUGUUGAUAAUCUGACUAGUGUUUCUGAGAAGUAUGACGUGGAGGCCAUGCCAACCUUUCUCUUCUUCAAGGAAGGCAAGAUCGUGGACAGGGUUGUGGGUGCCAAGAAGGACGAGUUGGUGGCGAAGAUUGAGCAGCAUGCUACCCAGGUUGCUUCAGCUUGAGCAGCUCGCAACAGUAGGGAAAAUGGAACGGGAGGCUCUAUCUAGUUGUUUCUCUGUUUCAUCAGUGGUUGUUAUAUGUUUGAUCAAGUACUGGUGUGAUUUGUGAAUCUUCUGUUCCGUGACUGAUAAUGAUGAUUAUCUAUGGAUUUCUAGUCCUUGUUGGUGUUCUGUAAUCUGUACUAAUCUGGUGAAUGGAUAUUUCUUACAGUGUUCUGUUAUGAAAUAACCUUGUUUCAUAAUUUUAUACAAUUUGUCAAUGCAGAGGUCCCUUUUAAAUGUCAAACCAAUCUCCAUCAAGGUCUUGAUUGUAAAUUUGGAAUAUAUUAAAGAUUAGCAGGGUGAGUGGAUGACAAUAUGUUUUGUUACCAGUGAACAUAUCUAUUUUUUUUUACUAAGAGGAGGGUGGAAGCCAAAGGAAACCAGAACAAUAACAUCAGAUCACGGGCGAAGCUGCUCACACGCAGGAUCCGGGGGAAAACAAAGCAAACGAAGUAAACACAGAGGACGAGAAACAGGGUCUGGGACAAGAAACAAGCUUAUCAAAUGCUUUGCUUGAGGCUGACUCUACCUCUCGGUGAUGUGUAGAGACCCUCCCAAGUUCUGCUCCAAUCUCGAGCUUUAGAAAUAACAUAAUUGAUCUAGGUGGUCCUCGUUAGAAUUCCUUGUCUUCCAGAUGUAUCAAGCGACCAGGGAGAAGAAACUCACCCAAUCUCCUGCAUAAUCCAAGGAUCAAUUCAAAAGCUAGUCUUUUUACCAUUUUUAACGUUUACGAGCCAUACAUUUGCGCAAAAGAUUUGCAGUUUGGGAGAAGCUGCACCAAGAUCGAAUACCUAUCCCCCCUUGAUUGUGAGGGAGGGUUAUCUAAUCCCAAGCCACCGGGUGGAACUUAGUCUUCCCAUCUUCCUCACCCCAGACGAAGCGUCUAUUGAUCCUGUCAAGGGACUUGCAAAGAGUGUAAGGAAGAGAUUCUGUAAAAUCGG